GAUUCGAACAUGUUACUGCAGAGUCAUCUGAACAUGGGAAAAAAUUAGAAUGCAACGAUAAUAACGAUGAUAAACGGGGCGGGAAAUCAAACGGGUUUUGGCGGGCCAAAUUCAGGGCUGUGUGGAUAAAAGAAAAGGUGGCACCACCCAAAGUUGCCAAGUGA